UCAAUGUCAAAACUGCCCUCCAACCUGCUCCUUUUAAAUCCAGCCAAAUUCCACACGCAUUCCAUCCCUCCUCUCAGACUACCGGAGCUGCCGAGAACAACAACAAAAACCUCGUCGACCGGUCGGAAUAUUCUUCUUCUCUCUAUUCUCUCCGAAAAACAGCAGAAAACAUGGGGAGCCAAGGAAGCGGAGAAGGCGGCGGGUGUUCGAGGAAGCCCAGGUUUCUGUGCCUCCAUGGGUUCCGAACUAGCGGGGAAAUAAUGAGGAAGCAAGUGGGCAAGUGGCCGGAAUCGGUGCUGGAGAAGCUCGACAUGGUUUAUCUCGAUGGGCCCUUUCCGGCCGAAGGUAAAUCCGACGUCGACGGCAUUUUCGAUCCUCCUUAUUACGAGUGGUUCCAAUUCAACCAGGAAUUUUCAGCGUACACGAACUUUGACGAGUGUCUGGAAUACAUAGAAGAUUACAUGAUUAAACAGGGACCGUUCGAUGGCCUUGUUGGUUUUUCCCAGGGAGCAAUACUGUCGGCGGGGCUGCCGGGGCUGCAAGCGAAGGGUGUGGCAUUGACUAAAGUUCCCAAAAUUAAAUUCCUGAUAAUAAUCGGAGGGGCGAAAUUCAAGUCACCGGCGGUGGCUGAGGAUGCUUAUUCGUCUCCCAUUCAGUGCCCGUCCCUUCACUUUUUAGGAGAGAUGGAUUUCUUGAAGCCGUACGGGCUUGAACUGUUGGAACACUGUGUAGAUGCUUCGGUGAUUCAUCAUCCGAAAGGCCACACUGUUCCGAGACUUGACGAAAAGGGUUUGGAUACGAUGAUGAACUUCAUCGACAAGAUUCAGAACAUAUUGGCGGAGAAGGAUCAACAGUGACAAUAAUGUCUAAAUCUUUGCAGCGAAACAAAGUCCUACGUAUUUUUGUGGAUAUUAUAUAUUGGCCUUGAUUUCAUGCCAAAUUGGUUUCUAUGUAGAAUGUGUUGUUAUAAUUUUUAUGGAAGUGGAUCAUUGGAGUAUCCCCAUUUACAAUUUAUCUCAAAUGA